UUUUUGAAUAAUUAGAUUAGUGGAACAGUGCUUUUAUUGAUUAUUGAUUUGAAUUUCUAAAAAUAUUUAAUGCACAAAUCAUGUUUGGGGUUUUGUAAUUAUUAAUUCUUUUAAAUGGUUAUUAUUACAUAGUUUAAGGUCAAUUUAAAAGCCGGAGAUAUGUAACGUCCCAUGUGAUCUUCUAGGUUUAAUGUUGAUUUUAUCCCAUGUUUGUAGGGUUUAAGUUUCAAAUUCCUGAUUCCUUUUAAACCCUUGAGUUUACGUAGUAAUUUUUUAGUAAAUAUGUUCACUGUCUUCUCUGUUUCUUUGUUUUCAGUUUCAUUUUGAGCAUCAAUGGGGAAGCAAAAUCAUGAUCAGAACAAAAACCCUAAUCAAAACAAGAAUAGUAACCCAAAUCAAAACCAGUCCCAGAACCAAAAGUUUAAUCCGAAACCGCAUUCGAACCCGAAUGAGGAAUUUGAUCUUAGGGAGACGGCGCCACGCCUUGGAGGGGGCAGGUUUCCGGGGAAUGAUAGAGUUGGGACUGCAUUUGAUCUUGUUGAGCAAAUGCAUUAUCUUUUUGUUAGGGUGGUUAAGGCCAAGGAGCUUCCGAAAAAACAUAAUGAUCAAUUUCCUGACCCUUAUGUUGAGUUGCAACUUGGUAAUUUUAGAGGUCAUACGAAGCAUUUUGAGAAAGUGUGUAAUCCGGAGUGGAACCAGGUGUUUGCGAUUUUGAAAGAUCAGAUUCAGGCUACGAGUAUUGGGUUUUUUGUGAAGGAUAAGAAUGAUAAUAACAAGGAUCAUUUUAUUGGGAAUGUAUGUUUUGAUGUUUGUGAGGUUCCGAAAAGGGUCCCACCUGAUAGUCCCUUGGCGCCGCAGUGGUAUAGAUUGGAUAAUAAAGAGGGGAAAAGGUCUCAAGGGGAGUUGAUGUUGGCUGUUUGGAUGGGGACUCAGGCUGAUGAAGCGUUUCCGGAGGCUUGGCAUUUGGAUGCUUCUGCAGUUAGUGGUGAUGGUGUAGCAAAUAUAAGAUCAAAGGUUUAUUUAUCACCGAGGCUUUGGUAUGUUAGAGUCAAUGUAAUUGAGGCACAGAGUUUGCGAAUAAGUGAUAGAAAUUUUAGGCAAUUGGAGCUUUUUGUGAAGGUUGAGCUGGGAAAAGUGGUGUUGAGGACUAAAAAUUCUUCUAGCAGGACUCCGUUAUGGAAUGAGGAUUUGAUGUUUGUGGUGGCAGAACCUUUUGAAGAGCCAUUGGUUUUGAGUUUAGUGGAUAGACAGUCAGCUAAUAAGGAUGAAGUACUAGGGAAAUGUUUUGUGUCUUUACAAAAUGUGGAAAAACGGGUGGAUCUUAAAUUUGCUACAAGUAGGUGGUUUAAUCUUGAGAAGCAUGGGACGGGAGAUAAUGGGGCGAAGAAUGAAGGGAAGUUGAAUAGUAAGAUACAUUUAAGGAUUUGUCUGGAAGGGGGCUACCAUGUUCUAGACGAGUUAACUCAUUACAGUAGUGAUUUUAGGGCGACGGCUAGGCAGUUGUGGACACCCAGCAUUGGUGUACUGGAGUUGGGCAUUUUGAGUGCUCAAGGACUGUCAAGCAUGAAGCACAAAGGUGGGAAUGGAAGUACAGAUUCUUAUUGUGUCGCCAAGUAUGGACAGAAAUGGAUUCGUACAAGGACAAUUAUGAAUACAGAUAGUCCUAAAUGGAAUGAGCAAUACACAUGGGAGGUUUUCGAUCCCUGUACUGUCAUUACUAUAGGUGUGUUUGAUAAUCAGCACCUACAAGGGGUCGACAAGGGUGGGGGUGCAAAAGAUUCGAAAUUAGGGAAGGUAAGAAUUCGGCUUUCUACUCUUGAAUCUGACAGGGUAUAUACACAUUCUUAUCCACUUAUAGUUCUGGAGCCUUCUGGAGUGAAAAAAAUGGGGGAAAUCCAAUUGGCUGUACGGUUCACUUGCACGUCUCUAGUCAAUUUGCUUCAAAUGUAUACCCAACCUCUUCUGCCCAUAAUGCAUUAUCUCUACCCCCUAUCUAUGCAUCAGAUUGAUUCUUUACGACAUCAGGCUACUCAAAUUGUCUCCACCAGGCUAAGUCGUGCUGAGCCACCACUGCGAAAGGAGGUGGUUGAAUAUAUGCUUGAUGUUGGUUCAACAAUGUGGAGUGUGCGGAAGAGCAAGGCCAACUAUUGCAGGAUCAUAGAAGUGAUGACUCGCUUUACUGCAUUUUGCCGAUUGUUUAAUCAGAUAUGCAUGUGGAAGAGCCCUUUUAUUACAGUUCUUGUUCAUAUACUUCUUCUGGUACUAGUUUAUUAUCCACACAUGAUUUUGAGCACAAUGUGCUUUACUAUUUUCAUGAUAGGGAUCUCCAAGUACAGGUUCAGGCCAAGGCACCCUCCCCACAUGGAUAUUAAACUUUCUCUUGCUCAUAUAACUCAUGGAGAUGAGUUGGACGAAGAGUUUGAUACAUUUCCAACAUCUAAGCAAGGUGAAGUACUUAAAAUGAGAUACGACCGACUAAGAUGUAUUGGUUCCAGGAUACAAGUUGUUAUCGGUGACUUGGCCACUCAAGGGGAGAGGGUGCACAAUUUGCUCAGCUGGCGAGAUCCCAGGGCGACAUCUCUCUUUCUGAUACUCUGCUUCAUUUCUGCUAUUGUGCUGUAUGUUACUCCCUGUCGAGUUAUUGCUGUUUUGAUGGGUUUUUAUGUUUUAAGGCAUCCAAGAUUUCGCCAUAAGCUUCCCUCCACCCCUCUAAGUUUCUUCAGAAGAUUACCUGCAAGAUCAGAUAGCUUGUUGUGAAACUCUUUGGUUCUUUUGGGGUCCUGCUGAUAAGAGCUGCUUAUUUCUAUAUCAUACUUGCAAAUUCUUAUUCAUAGUGGAUGAGUGAUGGAUACUGAAUAUAAUUUGUCUUGUUUACGCAGACAAGUGCAAUAUUGACUAUAAUACUUUGCCCCGUCUUGACUAUAAUACUUUGCCCCGUACUUGUAUAGCGACAUUUUGAAUCAUACUGAAUGGUGUGGAACAUCUGUGCUAAUUUUUUCAGUGCUUUCAGUGUUUUAACUCUUUACUGAUGAGAUGAU